AUGGAAUCUGAAAAAUUGAAUGAACUAAACAGCCAAAUAAAUGAAAUUAAAAAGCGUAUAUUGCUUGCAGAGGGCCAAAAGACGGCUAAUGCGGCGGAGUGGCAAAAACAAAACCGCAUUAACUGCGACACCAUUACCACGCUCAAGAAGGAAAUCAAGGAGUUGACGGUGAAGACGAGUCGUCUGAGGAAUCCGUUGCAGAGGCCAGUGGUAAUCAAGGAGCAGGCUGGCGAUGCAAAAAAGGCAGCUGCAACGCCCACCAUCAUAGUGGGCAAGGCUAUGUAUCCGAUAGGUGCCAAGAAUGUUGACGAUGCUAUUUUUCUGACCGACUUGAAGAUAACGGAGGGUCGCAAGCGAUUGGAUUUGCUACGCCAUCGAUUUAAAACGCGCCAGAAACAUUUUACCCAAAUGGUUGAGAAAUAUCGCGAACUUUUGGCCAGCAAGGAAGCACAAAGUCAAAAUUUAGGCGAGAAACCGCCUGAAACGCUUGAGGAGGAUGCAAAUCGUAAGCUUGUCUGCCAGCUGGAAAACGAGAUACAUCGGACAAAUGUGCAGUGGAUGGAGGCGGAGCAUAUUCGCAAAAAAUAUCGAUCCAUCGAGGCAUCGCUCAUGAAUGAUGCGGAGCGCUUCGAGCGUAGUUUACGUGAGCUUGAAAAGUCGCUUAGCGAUCAGAAGGCUGAGAUAAAUCGAUUACAGAAGGUGCACAACGAGGCCAUUGAAAUGCGAGAUGCGGCAAAAAUCGUCCUGCAGAGGCAGGAGCAGCAGGCAAAUCUUUCACAGAAAUCACGCGAACGCCAAGCUCAGGACUUUCGCAAACAAGUCGAGGCACGGAAGGUAGAGCUGGAGCGUAUUGGUCGAAAGCUGUUCGCCGAGACCAAGCCCCUAGUGCAUCAGGACAGCGUGGGUUCGAGUUCCGGUGAUCAGCAUACGGCAAAGACGGAGAAUGGGGAGGAGGAGCCUGUGGCUCAGCUCGAGAGCGUGACGAGCGAUAUGGAAUCACUGUUCAAAGACCUCAUGGAAGCCUCAGGUGCCACAUCACCCUAUGAGGUCUUCGAGCGGUUCAGUGCACAAAAGGAAUCCGCUGCACGUCUAAACUAUUUGCGAAAGGCUGCUGAAGCAGAAAAAGCCAAUCUGGAGGCAGAGCGUGAGGCGCUCACCAGUGAGCUUGAGGCCUCCAAGUUCUCAGAUGUUAAGGAAAGCGAAGUCAAUCAGGAGGUUAUUGAAAAAAUUAAAAAUGAUAUUGCUGCUAUGGAGCUGGAGCGCAAAUUAGAUAUGGAAGAUGCCGAGAAGUCUAUGGGGGUGCUCAAAUAUCUGAAAGAGCGAAUUUGUGAAAUGAUCUUCAAGAUACAGGAGGUGGACGAGAGCAAUAUUGAUAUGCCGGAGCGCAAGCUGCAUAUAAGAGUAUCCGAGCUGCCGAACUAUUUGACAAACACCGCACAGGACGAAGAUUUAAUUGAGAUACUCAAGCUUAAAAUAAAACGCUGCCAAGAGCUGAGCAAGCUGCAGGAUGUGCCACCCAUGGAAAUACCUCAGCUGGAGUUGGAGGUAGUGGAGGAACAGGAUGAGUACAAGCCCCCGCAGCCACCUAAAUCGCCAUCCGCCGCCGAUGGUGAGAAGCCUCCACCCAUGCCCAUUUGCUACUACAAUCUGUUUGCUGGACGCGCACAGCGUGCGGCGGGCACCUCAUCAUCCUCCCCGGAACAGGCACCUGCAGCAGUUGCUGCCACAGAUGAUGACAGUGAAGUGCCUUCGCGAAACUUUCUCAAACGCCAAUCAUUGCUUAUUGUUGAUUCAAAGUCACGACGAAAACCUUUCAGACCGGCGCCGGGUGCUCGCCGAAAGUAGUUGGACUGCAGAGUGUUGGAAUAUAGAAUUGUCAAAAAAGCGAAACCAACA